AUGGAACUUCUGGAGAGAACGGAAAUUCUCAGAAUCCAUACCAUUCUGAGCCAGAUACAACCCCGCUGGAACGGCCAACGUGGAUGGAUGACAAACGAGUAUCCAAGUGACUGUUUUACGGUGAUGUCGGUAUGGGUGCUUGCCACAAAAGAGGCUUUGCAAGGACACUCUGAAGAACUCCCUGAAGUGUCUUCUAAUCAACAAGGUGGACUGGGAGGAAGUCGCGCAGGACCGAUCUGUCUGGCAAAGAACGGUAAAAAAACUGGCGCAACUAUCAACAAAGCCAAUCGGAUAGCCACCGUUAAGGUGAAGAGGAUGGCUCGCAAGUCCCAAACCCAAAAGAUGAACGCUUUCAACGCUCAAGCGCUUCUGACUUUCCUGCGCUGUCAACGAACCCUCCGUGCACGUAUCGGCUUGGUCAGUCAUAUGCGGACGCAGAUGCUUGAGAUCACCCAAAGAGGGCCAAUGAACAGAGUGCUAACCAUGAUGGCGGAAUGUCACCACAAGUUCAAAUAA